CGAGAAGUGUGGGCAAAAAAUAUUGAACUAAAGUUACCAAUAAAAGAUGUACCAUUUUCCAGCAGACAUGUGGGAAAAGGAGCGUGUUGAUGGAAAGAAGAAAUUGAAAGUGCACGCUAUACCAACAAUAUUUGGAUGUGCUAUCAUGCAAAUGCAAAAUAAUAGAGCUUCAGAGCAUAGAUCUAAUGCGAGGUCUACACAGCACUCACCGAUAUUAGUAUAUACAGAUCCGUCAAGUAAAGACGUUGUGAUAUUAUCUCAAUGUGAUGAAACUGGACAUUACGAGAGUACAGAGCCUAUGCAGGAAUCUUUAUUGGCACACUUAGCACCAUCAAAUGAAAAUGAAAUUAACAAUGUACAACAGGAAAAUAAGGAAGUGGAUGCACAGCACCAAGAGACGUGUACUAAUAUUCAUGCUUCCACAACGAUGAAAGUGUACAUAAACAGGAAGUCGAAUUAUUAA